UGUCAGUAACAGAAAAUGAGAUCAGACCCUUAAAUUCAAAAAGUAAACGUGCGAAUAGUUAUUCAUGUUUUUUUACAAUAAAACUUAAAGUAUUUAUAAUUUCCAUUUCCUAGACUUAAACUAGAGACCCUUCUUUUUUAUGUUUUAAAUAAGUAUCUUUUUAUGGGGAAAAACAUACUGUGUUAGUCACUACACCUACGAUUUCAUUUGUUAUCAUUUAUGUUUUUCUUACAAUACAAUGAUGUUAUUCAAGUGGACUUGUUGCGGUGUCCUUAUUUUUUUAAUAAAUAUUUCUGGGCGACAAUGUAACGUACAAAUAGGACCUGAUCCUUGGGAUUACGUUAGUCCUAUAACUUUUGACACAAAUAACAACGCAGAAAUACCACCCGACCUAAGAACUGCGCCACCAAAGAAAGUGCAAACCAAUAAUUUGGCGACAGGAGAAUGGUUUUACAAACGUAUUCUAGCUUUUGUUUUAAAAGGAGGGCAGAUUAAGAAAAAUGAAGAUGGCAGUGUUGAAGUAUCACUACAAAUGAGAUAUAACACAGAGCAUUGGAAAGUUCUUAACGAAUAUGUUCUGCCAAGUAAAGCUCUCUCUGAAGACAUGUAUAGAAGAUCAAUGGGCUAUAUUGAGGAGGCCAUCUAUAAACCGACCAUUACUGAAAAAAUUGUUAUGGCUUGGCAUGAGCAUAUUCAACUUUACAUCACUGAAUACAAGACAGAAAUCACAUGGCUAUUUAGUAUUAUGGCAGGUGUGGGUACAAUUGUGUGGUUAUGGAAUCACAUGUCUCAUAAACACUUGAUAUUUGUUGUAAUUAUUGGACUGUAUUUGUAUGAAGUAUUCACAUCAUAUAAGGAGGCAGAAAAACAGGAAAUGGAAAAGUUUAUGCAGGCCAUAAACACAUGUAAAUGGUAUAUUUGGACCUCAGAAUGCGAGGUCCCACCACCCGAUCCAUUAAUAUUCAUAAAACAUAUGAAUCCUCUUAAGAUUGGUGUAAGAAUGUUUACAACAUUACUAUCAGAACCUAUGUUAUGUAUCAGCGAAACUACUAAAGUUAUGAUACAUGGAGUGACAGAUGGUCUGUGGUAUCCGUUUGACAAGAUCAUGUAUGGAGUUCUAAUGAUAUCCUUCAAUCUAACAUUAGUAUUAUUGCUUGUAAUGAUUUUAUUCAAUUUUGUACUCAAUAUACCAUUCAACCUCAGUUUUGGAUUGGUAAAAAUUGCAUUAAAGCAGCGAGAUCGAUCCACACCGAUAAUGAGACACCAAGAAAGUCCACCAGUACAGGCAGUUGAAAUUGGUGAUAGAAUUAGCGGAGAAAAUUUAAAUAAACUUCUGGAUAUUUGUUCAAGAUCACAACUAGCUCAGAAAAAACACAAAGAAACCUUGGCCAUAACAUGCGAUCCUAAAAUUAAAAGAUCAGCCAGCACCGGUAGAUUGCCUAGUCUGGCUGCUUAUGAUGGAAAUCAGAAUAAAUUAUAAAUUUAUUUAAAAUUACUCAAAGCUAUACCUAUAUGUACAAAUUAAUUGGCAUCUAAUACAAUAAUUGAAAGUGUACAAUGAUGUUAAUGUAAACCUACAGCUUUCUUUGUAGGAGUUUUCAUGGUUUACUCAAAAACUAACAGUUUAAAGAUUUUUCUUCGACACUACUAUUUAUCGGAUAUUUCCAUGAAGCUAACGAUAUAUAAAUGAUAAAAAUUAAAACAGUUCAGGUUGAGGAGUUUUGGAAGAGUUUUUAUCCAAGUUAAAUUUGUCAACAUUUUUUGUCGCGGGACGGAAACCCUGUUCCAAUUUCUGUAUGUUUCAUAUAUUUUUCGUUAAUCCGCCAUAAUAACUUUGUUGUGAUAAUUUUUUUUAUGUUUACACUUAAUGAAUUGUGAUUUUUUAAUUAUGAGUAAUGUUAGAGUUAAGGGUAUUUAUAUUUUUAAAGCUUGUAAAUAAAAUAACUUUUUUAUGUAA